UAACAAAAACUCAACGGAAAACGGGAACGGGAGCAAUUCUAGUGAAGUGUGAAUCUAAUCUGCUGAAGUAGUCAAAGCUCGGAGGAUAAUCCUGUAUUCUAAAGCCUACUGUUAACGCGUUUUGUCUAUAAUCAGUCAUCCUCGUUCAUCUUCAAUGUCGAAUCCCAUUCAAAAAUAAUUUUAACAGAUUCAAAAAAUUCCUGAAAACAAAUCAUUCCAAUAAAAACAACUAGACGAACGCUGAUAAGAAAAUGGCCCGUGAAAACUGCCCCGAUACCCAGGGAGCCACCCAAAGUCAAGCUUCAAAUUUAUGGACUCAACUCGAGUCCCAACCCAUCGAAAAUGUAGUUUGGGGCAGGCUGUAUGGGAAAAAUAUCAAAGUUAAAACUUUGGGUACGAGAGUUAAACAUAAAAUCCUUAUAACAAAUUCGUCCCCCCCUUACGUUGAUUUGUGUCAUGAAAAAUUUGCAGCUGGUCGUGGUGAAGGUAACGAUUUGGUGCUAACACUCAAAGAACUACCUGAGAAAAUGCUGUGUCGCAUAUCAAAAGUUCAUUUCCAAAUUAGACGCGAGAAUUGUGAUCUCUCGAAGCCAGUUUAUAUUCAGGACUUUUCUCGUAACGGUACAUUUGUUAAUGGUGAACUUAUUGGAACAAAUAAAUGUCGAAUCCUACAAAAUGAUGACAUCAUUGCUUUAUCACAUCCAAAUUGUCAAGCUUUUGUUUUUAAAGAUUCCAACCUUAACGAAGGUCAAGAUCUUCCCAAAGAAAUCACAUCGUCUUACUAUGUUAGUAAGAAAUUAGGUUUUGGUGCUUGUGGAAUUGUAAGACUUGUGUACGAUCGUCGUACAUGCAUUAAAUAUGCUAUGAAGCAUGUUAUGAAAAAUAUGCUGGCUGAAAGUACCAAAGUAAAUAAUCUAAACGAUCCCGAAAGGGUUAUGAAUGAAGCUAAAAUUAUGAAAGCUUUGGCACAUCCUUGUGUUAUAAAAAUGCAUGAUAUUGUUGACAAACCCGAUUCAGUGUAUAUGGUGUUGGAGUUUAUGAAAGGCGGUGAUCUACUCAAGCGAAUAACGACAAAGAAACGUCUCAAUGAUCAUAUUUCGAAACUUUUCUUUUAUCAAAUGUGCCACGCAGUAAAGUAUUUGCAUGACAAAGGCAUUACACAUCGUGAUCUCAAACCGGACAAUGUGUUGCUAGAGUCCGCAGACGAAGAAACCCUCUUGAAGGUUUCUGACUUUGGUCUCAGCAAGUUCGUACAAAAGAACUCUGUUAUGAGGACUUUAUGCGGUACUCCACAGUAUGUUGCUCCGGAAGUUUUACUUACCCAGGGACGUGGUGCUUAUACAAAAAAAGUUGAUAUCUGGAGUUUGGGUGUUGUGCUGUUCACAUGCUUAAGUGGAACACUGCCAUUUCAUGAUGAUUAUGGUUCACCAGCAAUUGAUCAAAUUAAAAAGGGAAAAUUCAAAUUUUCUCAUCCUGCUUGGAAGACGGUCUCCCAACGUGCCAAAUCUCUCAUCACAGACAUGCUCACAGUUGAUCCCAAUACGCGGCCUUCUAUUGAUUAUGUUUUAGGCCAUAGUUGGCUGCGCGAUCAAAUCGUUAUCUCAAAGGCAAAGGCUCUCAUGAAGAUUGAUCCCUUGGGUGAUGUUUCGGAUGAUGAAAACUUCCUGGAACCACCACAAAAACGCGCUAAGCGAUAAAUCUAUCUACUUACAUAUGUAUAUUGAGUAUUUUCUUAUUCUAUUUUUAUUUUUAAUUCGUAACUCGUAGACUUAAGAAGCAUCCGAUUUUGUACAAAAAGAAAAACAUUGAUAACCCUUUGUUGUUACUGUUUUAUAUUUUUUAACUAAAAUAAAUUUAACAGUAAGCAAAGGGUAAUUUAAAGUAAUCGUAUUUGAGUGCCAUUAAUUAAAAAACUAAAGCAGAAAUAAACUUUUUAUAUUCUGCUGCCUUAAACAAACACACAAAUAUACAAAAUUUUUAUAUAAAAUAAUAUAAUAAUGUAUGUAUAUCUAAAAUGAAUGUGAUUUUUUUUAUGUAAAUUCAUAGGUAAUGUAAUCUCUAUUUUUGCUCUUUUUUGUUAUUUGUAUUUUGAUGGCCAUUGAGGUAUUUAAGAAGUUGAAAACAAAUCUUUAAACAAAAUAAAUAUCUUGUUAAUGCAUAUUGCAUUGUUUCUUAAUAGAAAAACAUGAUUUUGUGUUGGUAAA